AUGAGUUGCCAACCUUUUACUUCGGCUGAUACCUUUAUACCUCUGAAUUCUGAGUCUUCUGCAACUCUGCCUCUGAUAAUGCAUCACAGCGCUGCCGAGUGCCUACCUGUCUCCAACCACGCCACCAACGUGAUGUCCACAGUCCCGUCUAUUUUGUCUUUGAUCCAAACUCCUAAAUGUUUGUGCACAUAUUUCUUGGUGACAACAUUGGGAACCACAGCAACAGGACUUCAUUAUUCUGUUCCUUCCUGUCAUUAUGGAAACCAGUCAUCGACCUAUGGAGUGAUGGCAGGGAGCUUAGCCCCUUGUCUUUAUAAGUUUCCCGACCACACCUUGAGUCAUGGCUUUCCUCCCAUGCACCAGCCUCUCCUGGCAGAGGACCUCACAGCCGCUGAUUUCAAGCAGGAGCUCAGGCGGAAAAGCAAGUUGGCUGAAGAGCCAAUAGACAUGGAUUCUCCAGAAAUCCGAGAACUUGAAAAGUUUGCCAAUGAAUUUAAAGUGAGAAGAAUUAAGCUAGGAUACACCCAAACAAAUGUUGGGGAAGCCCUGGCGGCUGUGCAUGGCUCUGAAUUCAGUCAAACAACUAUCUGCCGAUUUGAAAACCUGCAGCUCAGCUUCAAAAAUGCAUGCAAACUGAAAGCAAUAUUAUCCAAAUGGCUGGAGGAGGCCGAGCAAGUAGGAGCUUUAUACAAUGAGAAAGUGGGUGCAAAUGAAAGAAAAAGGAAACGGAGGACAACUAUCAGUAUUGCUGCUAAAGACGCUCUGGAGAGACACUUUGGAGAACAGAAUAAACCUUCCUCUCAAGAGAUCUUGCGGAUGGCUGAAGAACUGAACCUGGAGAAAGAAGUAGUGAGGGUUUGGUUUUGCAACCGAAGGCAAAGAGAAAAACGGGUGAAAACAAGUCUGAAUCAGAGUUUAUUUACUAUUUCUAAGGAGCAUCUUGAAUGCAGAUAA